UUAUCCCAAAUCUUUAAACCUUUUUUACUCCCUUGUGUUCAUCCUCUGAAGAUGGAGCAAGUUUGAGAGAAGAAAUUACAAGCAUUUGUUUGUUGGAGCAGUUACAAUGAGGAAACUAAGAUGGGUAAUGGAUGGUGGUGGGUUUUAUGAUUUAGACAUUUCAACUCCAAAAACACUUGAUGCAUUGGUUUCUCCUGUUCCAGGUUAUCCUCUCCCUUUGGGUUUAUCAAGAGGUACAAGACUUUCUAGACCUAGACAACUUCAAUUCAUGCAACUUUUCAUGUAUGCUCCUCUUCUUCCAUCUUUUUCACAACCUCAAGGUUUCACUCUCCAACGUGUUCUCUCUCUCCCCUUUACUGAUAAUUGGUUUGUAUUUUUACUGGGUCAGUUCAAUUUGCAGAAAUUCAUUUCCUCUGUUAAGAGCAGUGAGGAAAAACCUGCGCGGAAUUCCUCUUGGUUGAAAACAUUUGGGAGACACCUACGACAGAAAUCUUUGUAUGCGUUGGGAUUAUGUUCAGAGUUCCAGUUAACACCGGACGAUACUUUACUUUUUGGCUUAGAUUCAUAUGACUAUACUGAUAAACCUCGUGCGAAAGCUGUACUUAAUCAUAAAUUUCCACAUCAUGAUCUUACAGUGGAGGCAGUUUAUCCCGGUCUUUUUAUUGAUAAGACUGGUAAUUACUGGGAUGUACCAUUUUCGAUGGCGAUUGAUCUCGCUUCUUUGACUACCAGUGACUCUUCUACUGGUUAUCAUUUGUCUGCGCACUACACUUCAGGGUCACCCGAGCAGUUCCAAAAUAUUCAAAAGCAAAAUGAUAGAGUACCACGCUCUCUACUUCCGGGUUUGGCCUUCAAAAGUGUCUUCUCCUAUAGGAAAAACAUUGAUAUCUGGAGAAGUGAGACUCCUAAAUUGAAAUUGGUUCAACCAUAUGAUAUCUUUCUUUCAAAUCCUCAUGUGUCUGCCUCAGGGAUGAUUGGUGCUGCUGCAACUGCAUCUUUUGGGGAGAAUUUGGCAAGAGCACAAGCUUCUGGGAUAAAGUCUUCCUUUCUAGCAGAUAUAUUUGGAUCCAUUUCAUUUACAGCCCAACAUGGAAACUUCCAAAGGCUUUUUCUUGAUCUUACACGAUUUCAGGCCCGGCUGGAAUUUCCUUCCAGUUCCAAAUUCCUUUCAGGUGCAACAAGUCUUGCACAAGAUCUUUUUAAUUCUCAAAAGCCAAGCACUGAAGCUCUUCAAACGAUAUGCCCAAAUGCUACCGUAUCUCUUCAGCAGCAGAUUGUUGGUCCUGUGAGUUUGAGAGUGGAUUCAGGAAUAUCAAUUGAUCUGAAGAACAACCCUGAAUGGCCUAUACAAGCACAGGAACCUGUAUUUGCUGUUGAAUAUGCAUUACAAGUACUUGGUUCAGCAAAAGCAGUUGCUUGGUGUUGCCCUAAGCGCCAAGAGUUUAUGGUAGAACUUCGAUUCUAUGAGACAUAAGUCAGGUAGCUGCGAGAACAUUAACAUAUAGGUGUUCAGGUUCAAACUCGAGAUUUCUCACUUCUCUACAUUUAAGAUGUGCGAGUCUAGCUACUAGGCUACUUAACAAAAAGAAAAAUCUAUUUGAAUUAUUACAAAACACUAUGGUUAUGGUGGAAGCAUGUUGGUAAAUGGUUUAUUAAUUGUCAUGCUGGUUAUUUAUCUUUCUAUCUUUGGGAUUGUAGUUCUAAUUUCACUAAAUACAGGGAUGACUAGUAUAAGAAAAUUUUGUAUGAGAAUUCUUUACAAAAUUAAUGUGAAAUUCUUCUGUUCCUAAUUUUGCUGGGUAA